CGUUGCACUCAGUGCUUCAGUCUGCCAGAACAAGCCUUGCGCUCAGUUGGACGAAGUUUGCUGGAUACGGUUAAGCAUCUAUACACACAUCUACACUAAAAUGACGAAAGGACAUCCGAUUAAGAACAUGAUGCAAAUCUCAAAGGUAAUAAUGUUUCAGUAUCUAGUCUAUGUGUACUGUCAAUACUGCGAACGCCCCUACAGUGAAGCACAUUUCAAGCAGGCGGAUUCAAGUUACAAUUUCUCGGACGUCCUUCUUGUACAACACACAUCGAAACCACUCCAUUGUGUCAACAUGUGCCUUCUACACACCCGAUGUGUCGGGGCGAGGUUUGUCACCAGCAGUGGCCAGUGUCACAUGUACGCAGCCUACCAGACAAAAACAACCGCGGGGACGAGAGCAAGUGGAGACAAAUACUACAUAAUUGAAGGAGAAUGCAGUCCUCCAAAUACCUACCAAUCCUUUAUCUACUGGAGAGAAUGCAUGGUUGCCAUCACCACAGUGUGCAGCAGUACCAAAGCUUUCCUAGGUUACAAUACCACUGUUUGGUGCAUUCCCGGACCCCCUACAUGGACCCCAGCGCCUGGAAAGUGUGUUAACACAAAUCCAUUACGCAUGAAAGGAACAUAUAUCCUUCCUUUGGAUUCUGGAGUGUCGUUUGUUGGAACGCCAAAUGAAAACACGUUUUCGGUUUACUUCAUCACUGCAAGCGACGACUACCUUCUGAAGAUCACUGUAACAAUCGACCAGCAGAUUAUCCAGAGGAGGUGUCGUUCCAACUCAGUCUGGCAGGAAAUUGAAACUAAUUUAAUUUCCCCUUUCCCGUUUGAAAUGACGAAGAAGUUUACGAUGGACAUAAUUUCAACUGCUACAGAAUUCCUGUGCAAGGUAAAUGGUGCCCCUUGUUUGCCUAUCAACAUCGUUUCCCGAGAGAUAGCGUGGAUGAUAUAAAAGUAUUUAAUCUCAACCUUGAAAAGGUUUUGUUGAUUUGAAAAUUAGCUAUCUAAUAGGCGUUCCUCUGUGUGUAGGUUCAAAGAUUUGUUAAAUAUCCAUAGCUCAUUUGUUGCGAGAACUUUCCAAGUAUUUGGAUGAUUAAUCUCACAAUAGAAAGGAAA